ACAGGCAAAAGUGUCCAAGUUCUUAUCAUAUUUUUUAGGGGGGAAGGAUUCAAGUGUCCAAAUUCUCUUAAUCGUAACAUAUAGAAAGAACAUGACCCCACGCUGUUCACUAAUUUAAUUACCGCUGUUCUUAAACAACGGCGCUGACAUCUGCCCGACUUCCACCCUCCAAAUCAAAAUUUACGUUUUUCUGUUACACUAACAAUUGGACUCUCUCUUUCGUCUUUCUUACCAGUUUUCUUCCAUGUCAAUUCUUGGAAUAUGAACACCGCUUUUUGCGUUGCAAGACUACCAAAUUCUUGCAACAACAACAACAGUAGCAGCUGCUAUACAAGAGGAGAAAGAAAGAUCCAAUCAACUACACCAGGAUUCCGCCGGUUGUAUAAAUUAAUUCAGAUUCUGGGGUUUCUCUUCAAGAUUCCAAGGUUAUGGAGUUGGAAGCUGGAAACUUGAAUCUUGCAUACAACUACAUUUGAGGGCUUAUUCAUAGUCAUUAAUCCUUAAUUGAUAUUGAUAAUUAAUUAUUAAAAAUUAAAAAUGUUGUUGAGGGUGUCUCUGUUGAUUUCUCUUGUGGUUGUUUGUGCUUCGGCCAAUGAGAAUGGUUACCCAAGAUGCAAUUGUGAGGAUGAGGGGCUAUGGAGUGUUGAGAGCAUUCUAGAAUGUCAAAGGGUGAGUGAUUUCUUGAUUGCUGUUGCCUAUUUUAGUAUCCCAAUUGAGCUCCUUUAUUUUGUUAGCUGCUCAAAUGUUCCUUUUAAGUGGGUUCUGUUCCAAUUCAUAGCCUUCAUUGUUCUUUGUGGUAUGACCCAUUUGCUUAAUGGUUGGACUUAUGGUCCUCAUGCCUUUCAACUCGCCGUCGCGCUCACCACUUUUAAGUUUUUAACUGCUCUUGUCUCUUGUGCUACUGCCAUUACCCUUAUCACCCUCAUCCCUUUGCUUCUCAAAGUCAAGGUCAGAGAAUUUAUGUUGAAGAAGAAGACUUGGGAUUUGGGUAGGGAGGUUGGUAUGAUUAAGAGACAAAGUGAGGCUGGAUGGCAUGUUAGGAUGCUUACUCACGAAAUUCGAAAGUCUUUGGAUAGGCAUACUAUCUUGCAUACUACCAUGGUUGAGCUGUCUAAGACCUUGGAUUUGCAGACUUGUGCUGUUUGGAUGCCUAAUGAGAAUAGGACUGAGGUCAUUUUGACUCAUGGAUUGAAAGGGAGGAAUUUUCAGAGUUUCAGCCACUGCAGAGUGCCCUAUGCUGACCCUGAUGUCAGAAAGAUUAAGGAGAGAGAUGAGGUCCAGAUACUCAGACCAGAUUCAGCCCUUGCUGUUGCCAGCAGUGGAGGAUUGGAACAUUUUGGUGCUGUCGCUGCAAUACGUAUGCCAAUGCUCAAGGUCUCAAAUUUUAAAGGAGGAACUCCUGAGUUGAUGCAGGCUUGCUAUGCUAUAUUAGUCCUGGUUCUUCCAUGUGGCCAAGAGAGGUCAUGGACCAAUCCUGAGCUUGAGAUUAUCAAGGUGGUUGCUGAUCAAGUUGCUGUGGCUAUCUCUCAUGCUGCCAUCCUAGAGGAAUCACAGCUCAUGAGAGAUCAAUUGGCCGAGCAGAAUCGUGCACUGCAACAGGCACAGCGAAAUGCAUUGAUGGCAAGUCAAGCAAGGAACUCAUUUCAGAGAGUGAUGAGCCAUGGGAUGAGAAAGCCAAUGCACUCAGUCCUCGGGCUGCUUUCAGUACUGAAAGACGAGAAAUUAAGCAGUGAACAGAAACUAAUUGUUGAUACAAUGAUGAAAACUGGCAAUGUCCUUUCGCUUUUGAUUAAUGAUGUAAUGGACGAUUCACCAAAAGAGAGUGGGAGAUUUCCAUCUGAAUUCAGAUCAUUUGGGCUCCAUGCCUUAGUAACUGAAGCUGGUUGUUUUGCUAAAUGCUUGUGCGCUCAAAAUGGUUUUGGCUUUAGUAUUGAAGUUGAUAGGACUAUACCUGAUAAUGUAUUGGGUGACGAAAAAAGGGUAUUUCAGGUGAUCUUGCAUAUGGUAGGUAACUUGGUGGAGAACAACACCGGUGGUGGGUCUAUGGUUCUCCGGGUGUACUCUCAACAUGGAAGUCAAGGGAGGAAUGAUCAAAGAUGGGCAACCUGGCGAUCAGGCUCUUCUGAUGGAAAUGUUUAUAUCCGAUUUGAAGUUGAGAUUACCAAUACUGCUAUCUUUACAGACGAUUCAGCCUUGGCCUCAAACUACAGUGGUCCAAGAUGCAGUAAUGAGAUUGUGGAUCGCGACUUGAGUUUCAGCGUUUGCCAGAAGCUAGUUCAGUUGAUGCAAGGAAAUAUUUGGGUAGUCCCAAAUCCUCAGGGGUUUCCUCAAAGUAUGGCACUGGUCCUACGUUUCCAGUUACGACCUUCCAUUGGAAUAACGAUCUCUGAAUCAGGAGAACCAUCAUCAGAUAACGCCUCCAACUUUAGUUUAAAGGGCCUUCAAGUAUUAUUAGCCGAUGAUGAUGAUAUCAACAGGGCUGUGACAAAAAAGUUACUCGAGAAGCUGGGUUGUUUAGUUACUGCCGUGUCGUCAGGAUUUGAGUGUCUUAGUGCACUCGGUCCAUCAAGCUCAAAUUACCAAAUAGUCCUCCUAGAACUUCAUAUGAAUGAGCUUGAUGGGUUUGAAGUCGCAACGCAGAUCUGUAAGCUCAGGAGCAGAAGUCGCAGCUGGCCUGUGAUUAUUGCUUUAACAGCUACUGAUGAUGAUGAAUUCUGGGAGAGGUUUAAGCAGGUUGGAAUAAAUGGGGUUAUCAGAAAACCAGUUCUUUUACAGGAAAUCAUCGAUGAGGUUCGUAGAGUCUUAAGUGCAGCCAAAUAAAGCGAUUUUGUGAUACUUUUUAUUGUAAGAAAGAAAAAAAAAAAUCUUGUUUACGAUUCAAACGGAGUGUAAGAAGUUGAGCUCCAAGGUCUCUCUUAUACACAGGUAAAUCAGUAGGUAGGGGAAAGUAUCUCAUUUGUUUGGUGAAUGAAAGGAAAUUAGAGGAAUUAGCAGGUUUAGGAGAUGCUGUAAAGUGUAAAUCUACAUUGAAACACAUAUUGAGAAAAUGCAGUUAUAGAUUGAUGUUAAGAAUUGAGGUAAA